CCGUCAUCUCGCAAACCGUCCUUUGAAUCGAGUCAAACCAAGAAAAAAAAAAAAAAGCCCCGCGAAAAUGCUCGAGAUUGGGGAAGUCAUUCGCCGGCUCAAGCAAGAGCCUGUUGGACCAGGGACAAGCACGCUUCUCGAACUCCUGCUGCAGAUGACUGAAAAUGAUUCAACCAGCAGCAUACAACGGCGAUCGGAUGCGGGCACGCUGGGCGCCGUGGAGCGCAUCAUUGCGAUUGCGGGCGAGCCAAACACCGACAGUAGGACGGCCAGCCUGUGCCUUGCGACGCUGCGAUACGUGACGAAAGGCCACACCAAGAACAUUGUUAUUGCCACAUCGCAUGGCGCCAUCGAGCUGGCCAUCGAGUUGAUGAAGCGGUACCCUCACGAAGCGGACAUCCAGCGCUUUGCCUGCAUGACUUUCCGGUCGCUCACCUUCCAACAUGCGGACAAUCAGCGGCUUUUGAUGGACUGCGGCGGAAUCAAUCUGGUCGUUCAAGCGAUGCGCACGCAUGCAUCCAACUCGCUCGUGCAAGCUGCCGGCUGCAUGGCUAUCCAGAACGCGACCUGGCUCGUUGCCGACAACCGGGUCCAUCUGGAGCGCACCGGUGCCAUUCCUCUAAUAUUCGCUGCCAUGCGGAGAUUCAACAACGAUCCGGAAGUAUUGCGCUGGGGCUGUGGCGCGCUCCAAAAUCUAGCUUGCGCAGACCCUUGCUCAACGCGUCUCAUUGCGUUGGGAGCGCUGGAACUUGUCACAACUGUCAUGCGCGACUUCCCUCGAGAUUCUCAAAUUCAAGGCUAUGCCCUCGGUAUCUGUCGAAAUCUGUCCUACUUGGAGGGCAAUCGCGAAGUUGUCGGCGCAAGCUCUGUGGUGCCGCUGGCGCUCGGUAUCGUCCUCGCCAAUCCUCAAAACACAGAUGUCGCCUUCAACGUUUGCUCGUUCUUCAUCAACAUGCUUGUUGGAAUUCCUGUCAAUGUGCAGCGAGUUCUUGCCAUCCCCAACCUGCUGGAUAGUCUCUUCCGCAUCAAAGAGCUGUUUGCCCACCUGCCCCAGCUGACUGAUAAGCUUGCACAAAUAUUUGACCUUCUCGGCGGAGACCGUCCGUUCAUUGCUCCUGCGCUUUCCAUGCCAGUGCCAAGCCUUUUUGAACUGACGGCGCGCGUUGUCCUGCAUCACGACUUGUGUAGCGCUCUCGAGCUUGCACGGGCAAGGUUGACGCCGCGCACCACCCAGCAGCAGCAGCAGCAGCAGCAGCAGCAGCCGCAGCAACAUGCCGACGCGCGAGUCUCGCAAACGGCGACUGACACGUUGCUAGUAUCUCACGCUGCCACCGAAAUUCCAGCUGCACCGUCCUCGAUGGUCUUGUCCGAAUCGACGAACGACCUCAUGUCGAUGCAGUUGCCCUCAGAGGUCGUGCUAUGCCUGGCUGGCGCCCAUCGCUGCGACCAGUGCGGGCAUCGCUUUCUUCCACCGCUCAAUUUGCGCGCUGCCGUCAAAGCGAGUCCACCUCUCACCCGAUAUAACGGAGUCCGUCGAUCAACGAGUUCAGACUGGUUCUUGCUCGAGCUUUGUUCGCCAAAGUGCGUCAAGGCAGCCAUGCUUCAUGCGGCAGAACAGAAGCCGGCCCUCGUUACGACGACCGACAACUCUGGCGAGCAUUGAGGGUUGGUGAUUGUACAGUUUUGUUGCUAGAUGUGUGUAGGCGUUCUUGUUGAAGAUUUUCAGAUCUUCGCUCAGUUUCGAGUUGUACAGUGUUAUUUUAUUUUCUGUUGUUGUUGCUGUUGUUGUUAGUUUGAGUUGACAAUCAAAUACUACUGUAG